ACGGGGCCAUGGCGGCGCUGGCCCUGCUCGGUGUGGCGGCCGCGCUGGGCCCGGGCCUGGCCGCGCCCCGCUACCGCCCGGACUGGGCCAGCCUGGACGCGCGGCCGCUGCCGGCCUGGUACGACCGGGCCAAGGUGGGGGUGUUCGUGCACUGGGGGGUGUUCUCCGUGCCGGCCUGGGGCUCCGAGUGGUUCUGGUGGCACUGGCAGGGCCAGCACGAUGCCGCCUACGAGAGCUUCGUGCGCCGCCGCUUCCCGCCCGGCACCACCUACGCGGACUUCGCGCCGCAUUUCACCGCCCACGACUUCCAGCCCCGACAGUGGGCACAGCUCUUCCAGCGGGCCGGGGCCAGAUAUGUGGUCCUGACCACGAAGCACCACGAGGGCUUCACCAACUGGGGGUCACCAGUGUCCUGGAACUGGAAUUCUGUGGAUACAGGGCCCCACCGGGACCUGGUGGCAGAGCUGGGAGAGGCCCUCAGGGAGAGCAACCUCCAUUAUGGGCUGUAUCACUCCCUGAUGGAGUGGUUUAACCCUCUCUACCUCGCUGACAAACAAAAUGACUUCAAGACCCAGAGCUUCGUUUUAAAGAAGACAAUGCCAGAACUUUAUGAUCUUGUCUUAAAGUACAAACCAGACCUGAUCUGGUCGGAUGGGGACUGGGAAGCUCCAGAUUCCUACUGGAAUUCCACCUCUUUCCUUGCCUGGCUCUACAACGACAGCCCUGUCAAGGACACCGUGGUUGUCAACGAUCGCUGGGGUCGGGGCUGCUCCUGCCGCCACGGGGGUUUCUACAACUGUGCUGACAAGUACAGGCCAGGCACCCUGCCAGAGCACAAGUGGGAGAUGUGCUCCUCCCUGGACAGGCUCUCCUGGGGCUACCGCAGCAACAUGAGCCUGCCUGACGUGAUGGAUGAAAUGAGUGUGAUCGAGGAACUGGUGCAGACUGUGAGUUUGGGUGGCAACUACCUCCUCAAUGUGGGACCUACCAAAGAAGGGAUGAUUGUCCCCAUCUUCCAAGAAAGACUCCUGGCCCUUGGGAGGUGGCUGGACACCAAUGGGGAGGCAAUUUAUGAAUCCCAGCCUUGGAGGGUGCAGAUGGAGAACACCACAGACACUGUCUGGUACACCUCCAAGGGACCAGUGGUCUUUGCCAUCUUCCUGCUCUGGCCUCGGGACAAUGUCCUGCACCUGUCCUCACCCAUUCCAUCUCCAGGCACGCAGGGACAACGGAGCGAUGGCCUCUGCCUCACUGCCCCAUCACCGGUGCCGGUGACCCCUGGCGCGGAGCGGGGCCCGCCCCAAACAAACAGCUCCGUGUUUACUCGGCGCACCGGGCACCGGCAAGGCCCCGCUAUAAGUGCGCGGCGGGCGCGGCGGCGGGCAGAGGCGCAGGGGAAGAUGCCGCGCUGCGACACGGGCUGCGCGCCGCGGGACGGCGCCUGGGGACAGGUGAGCUCCGCUGCGGCGGCGGGCGGGGCGUACCCCAAGCGAGUGAAGGUGGUGGAGGUGGGACCCCGCGAUGGGCUCCAGAACGAGAAGAAUCUUGUGCCCACCCCAGUGAAGAUCAAUUUAAUCAACAUGCUGUCAGAGACAGGGCUGCAGGUCAUAGAGGCCACCAGCUUCGUGUCCCCCAAGUGGGUUCCUCAGAUGGCUGAUCACACCGAGGUCCUGCAGGGCAUCAAGAAAUCACCUGGGAUCAGUUACCCUGUGCUCACCCCAAACCUCAGGGGCUUCCAGGCAGCGGUGGCAGCAGGGGCCAAAGAGGUGUCAGUCUUUGGGGCAGCAUCUGAGCUCUUCACCCAGAAAAACAUCAACUGCUCCAUCGAGGAGAGCCUGGAGAGGUUUGAGGAGGUGAUGAGGGCAGCGAAGGAAGCCAGCAUUCCUGUCAGGGGAUACGUCUCCUGUGUCCUUGGAUGUCCCUAUGAAGGGAAGAUUUCUGCAGCUAAAGUUGCAGAGGUCUCCAAGAAGAUGUACUCCAUGGGGUGCUACGAGAUCUCGCUGGGGGACACCAUCGGCGUGGGCACCCCGGGCAGCAUGAGGGAGAUGCUGGCCGUGGUGAUGAAGGAGGUGCCCGUGGGGGCUCUGGCUGUUCACUGCCACGACACCUAUGGCCAGGCCCUGGCCAACAUCCUGGUGGCCCUGCAGAUGGGGGUGAGCGUGGUGGACGCCUCCGUGGCCGGCCUUGGGGGGUGUCCCUAUGCCCGGGGAGCCUCUGGGAACGUGGCCACAGAGGACUUGGUGUACAUGCUCAACGGGCUGGGCAUCCACACGGGGGUGGAUCUGCAGAAGCUGAUGGACACAGGCACCUUCAUCUGCAACGCCCUGAACAGAAAAACCAACUCCAAGGUGUCUCAGGCCUCCUGCAGACUGUGACACUGGGUGGGAUUUCUCCUUGGAUCAAGAAACUGAGGAUCCUGCCCUGGCUGGGAUUCCUGUCUGACCUCCUGAGCUCCUUCCCAGCUCAGCAUUUGAGAGGAAGCUCAAAAUCCACCAGAAUUAGGAAGAAGUGAGAGAAUAUCCUGUUAGAUUGUGUUAUACUGGACCUUGAGGGUGUCCCCAUGUGCCUUGGAGAGGGGAGGACGUGGAGGGGCAGAGGAGAGCCCAGAGCAGAGCAGCAGCUCCUGCCUGCAGGGCCAAGGACAAGCACAGCUUUGGCAGUUAGAGCCCAGCUCAGGCUGUCCCUUCUCCCCUCCACAAACAGCCAAAGGCUGAGCCCAAACCUCCCCUGGGGCCCCCUCAGCCUUCAGGGGUGUGUGUGCUGCUGCACUGUGUAUCUGUUGUAAGAUACUCAGCACACCAGGAGUAAUAAACACGUUAUUUAAUAAUCUAAAGUGUG